AUGAUCGUGCACCCUCCAGUGCAACUUGAUGACUCGGUGGAUUCAACAAACAAUCAAGACGCAUCACUGUGUAUGACAUUAUCCAAUAUCUCCUCGACAGAGAACACAUCCGGCGACAGAUAUGCAAGCUCCGCUCAAAGACCACCUCCGCUUCCCCUGAGAAAGGACGCAAGUUCCUCAACGAUAUCUUUGGGUCCACCCGGAGACCCUCGGGAUGGACGACGAAGGUUACUACUGAUUUACAUCCACGGCUUUAUGGGUGCGGAAGAUAGCUUUCGAAAAUUUCCAGCUCACGUGCACAAUUUAGUCGCCAAUGCUCUGGCAGAGUCGCACGUGGUGUAUUCAAAGAUAUACCCACGAUAUAAAUCACGGCGUCCAAUGAGUGCUGCUCGCGAUGAGUUCAGCAGUUGGUUAUCACCGCAUGAAUCAGACCAAACUGAUGUUAUCUUACUCGGACACAGUCUGGGUGGCAUACUGGCCGCAGAAGUGGCCCAGGCUGGAUCUGAGAAUGAAAGCAGUCCCAGCAGAUAUAGACAUCGCCUGCUUGGAACGUUAAACUUCGAUGUACCUUUUCUAGGAAUGCAUCCAAGUGUUGUUAGCACUGGACUCUCCAGUUUAUUCAAUCCGAGGCGUAUAGAAGAUCCGUCUCAGGAAGACCUAAAUCGAACAACUUCACCAAAAACAACAGAUUCUCUUCCAAGCGACCAAAGCUCUCAAUACUCGACAGAAUCGACAGCGUCUUCUUGGUAUGAGCAGAUACCUGAUUCGAAUUUUGACCCUCCAUUCGUGAAUGAUGUGCAUCGCGUGAAGCGUAACCAGUUAGAUGGUGCUAUGAAUUUUUUGAAGAAGAACUCAGGAAACUUGAGAACGGCGGUCAAAGAAUAUGCCAGCUCUUACUUCGAAUUUGGUGGUUGUCUUGCCGACUAUUCAGGGCUUCGCAGGCGAUAUGCGCUGUUGAAAGAGUUGGAUGGUAUAGAUGAUUUGAAACCAAAGGUUGAUAAGCAUGGUCGGCUGCAGAAACGGGUCAGGUUUGUGAACUACUACACAGCAAGUUCUGGAUUCCCUAAAAAGUCACCAUCAGAAAGUCUUCAGGUGAGGAAUUCUACAGACGGGUCCCCGUCGAGUCGAGCGUUAGCUACGGGAUCACUUGAAAAUUUGACCAAGCUCCCCAGCCCCAUACUGUCAGGUGACAACGAUACCGAUGAGCAUCUAACUGAAGUUGAGCCGUCACCCAUGCAGGAGUCCCCUUCACCAAAAUGGUCGUUUGAGACCCUACCCGAGCAUUUGUCACCGAACGCAGACUACGAAGAUAACGCGGACAACAAAAAUUACACGUCUGUGCUCGAAUCCCUCCCGCCUCUACCGACAAUACCCCCAAAGCCAUCAAUAUUCGAUCCAUCCAAAUACACCAAUAAAGAAGUGUUUAAACAGGCGCAAAAAGAACAUGAACGAUUGGUGAAACUCCACGAAAGAGCUCAGAAAGAGCUCGAUACAACUAUUAAAGAGCGUGAAAAGCUUGUGCAGAAACUGAAUGAGAACAAACAAAAACCAGAAACAGUAUCCCUCCGAUCACAGAGCAGAGGUGAUCUCGACAAUAGCAUUAUUCCAUACAAUGAAAACGACGAUAUUGAAGAUAGACAGCCGCCUUCUACCUCGACAUCCAUCAGAGAGGAAAGCUUGUCAUCAAUGGUACCUUCAGAAACGACCAAGACCGAUACCAAUCCCAUUUCACCAUCCUACAUACAUGAGCCAACAUCAUCGUCAUCACUAACACAAUCAACAUCAACGAAACUACCAAAAGAUCGUCUAUUCUGCGCCCUACCGCCCAGCCCCGUCGAUCCGCAAUGGGUGCGCAUCUUCAUGCCCGAUGUUGAUCAAGUUGUUGCCCAUCAAUCAAUAUUUUUACCCAACGGGUUGUAUUAUGAGUGGCUGGUCAAUGAUACUGCGGCUAGAAUUGAGCAAUGGGUUCAAGAUGAUUGUACUCGACGAGCAAUCUGGGAACAGUUCGGAGAAAUUUCGUAA